AUGCCCAGCCCACUCGACGUCAUUGUCCGGCAGGCCGAGAAGGCACGGCUGUCAGAGGCCGAGCAGCAGGCACUAGCCAAGGCGCAGACUCGCCAGCGGCUGCUGAGUAUCGCAGGCGGUGCGGUUGGUGUAGGCAUCGGCUACCUGCUGUCCAGGCGCAACAAGUCGCUUGGAAUGCGCGGCUUCAUGAUCCUCUUCAACGGAUCGUUCCUGUUCGGCCUCGGCAACACAUAUGCGUCAGUCACCAACCUGAAGGAGCUGUCUAACGAGCACAAGUACCCGCACAUUGCAGCAGCGAUGUCGGACAUUACUCGUGAGAUUCUGCGCAGCCGGGGCGUGGAUCCAGACCACCCAGAGCUCGGCCAGACCAAGCCAGCGCAGCACACAAUUGAUCUGCGCGGGCUGCCGCCAUCGCUGACCCCGGAAGAGCGCGCACAGACCCAGGGCGAUGACUCGUUUUACUACAAGUUUGACGAUGCUCCUCAGAACAACGACACUGAGCAGCCUGUAUACAAUGUCAGCGGUGCUGUUGCCGCCAGCAACAACAACCAGUCGGCAUGGGACUCGAUCCGCAAGGCAAACAGUCCCCAUGAUGACGCCUGGGAACGCCUGCGCAAGCAGCAGCCAAGCGGCAACUCGCAGCAGCAAGCUCGCGGAUCGAGGAACACUGCCUACGAGUUUGUGGACGCGUGGGACAAAAUGAACGAUAACCGCAGCCCAGCGUACCGGGACGACGGCAGCGCAAGCAGCAGUGAGUCACACAGCUUUGGCAGUGGUGCCCUGACCAGCGACGACUUCCCCCGGUCUCGAGAGGACUUUGAGGAAGCAUCGCACAAGUCUGCGAACAAGUACGGUGACACGGUAUUCUCAUAG